AUGAUCAGGCAUACAUUACAUAUGGAAUUUAAUGUGACCAUGGCAUCAUCAUCAGCUCUUGAAAGUUCUGAAGAAAAGACGAAUGGGUUUAAGUUGAUGAGAUUGAUUGUAGACGGAGGAACAGAAGUGUUGAGGAAUGUCUUCAUGAGCAAACACUCAGGUAAUUUGCACACUGUUCUGUCAACCCACUAUGCUACACUUGAUCAUCUUUUCCAAAAAAGAAUAAUCACGGAACCGCAAUGGGAUAAAUUGUAUCCUCACCCACCUCAAAUCCCAAACAUUCAAGAAUUUGACAUAACAUUACUUGUUAUUUUGUUGCGAAAUAUGUGUGGCAUACCUCCUCCAAGUACAGGAUGGAACGUUUUGCCAAAUGAUUCUGACACUUCUUGUGCAGCUAACAUUGUUCGCAUUAGGCUAUUCCGUAAUGAUUUUGCUCACUCCAAGGAAACAGGUGUCAGUGCGACCGAGUUUGAAACUGUUUGGAACGAUGUUAGUUCGGCUUUGGUUGGAUUAGGAUUUAGUCAAGCAGAAAUAGACAGAUUAAAGGAAGAGGAAUGUGGAGAAGAGGAGUCGAAAGGUUCUCAACAGGCACCCGUGAAUGGGUCUUCCAACAAGUCGAGAAAUGGCUAA